AAUAUCAGUAAACUAAUUGCCAGCAGCUAACAUAACCUCUGUUCUAUCAUUCCAAUAGAGAUUCUACCCGCAAAAUGAGCGUCGAGGAUGAAGUGUUCCGAAUCCAAAAGAAAAUUGGCAAGAUAUCGACGUCUAGCGAUGGCGCGGGACAGGAGCAAGCGUUGGAUUUGCUGAAGGCGCUGCAAACGUUGAAUAUUAAUCUGGAGAUAUUGACAAAGACUCGGAUCGGGAUGACGGUGAACGAGCUGCGUAAAAGCAGCAAGGAUGACGAGGUAAUUGCCCUGGCCAAGACUCUUAUCAAGAACUGGAAGCGCUUCCUAGCCAGUCCGGCGCCAGGCACGCCCAAGGAGACGCCCGCCAGCAAGGAAAGCUCCAAUAACGGUGGCAGUGCAACGAAAUCCUCGAGUGCGUCCAAGUCAAAUUCAUCAUCCAGCAAAGAGAAGUCGAGCAGCGGCAGCGGCAGCAGCUCAACCAAGGAAAAGAAAUCCUCAUCACAGACAUCUUUCCCAUCGAGUGGCGGCAUGACGGAUGCCGUUCGUCUCAAGUGCCGGGAAAUGUUGACGAAUGCAUUAAAAAUAGGCGAAGUGCCGGAAGGUUGUGCCGAGCCCGAGGAGAUGGCCGCGGAACUAGAGGAUGCCAUUUAUAUGGAGUUUAAGAACACGGACAUGAAGUACAAGAAUCGCAUCCGAUCUCGCGUUGCUAACUUAAAAGAUCUUAAAAAUCCGGGACUCCGUGGCAAUUUCAUGUGCGGCGCCGUCUCGGCCAAACAAUUGGCCAAAAUGACGCCUGAGGAGAUGGCCAGCGAUGAGAUGAAGAAGCUGCGCGAGAAGUUUGUCAAGGAGGCCAUUAACGAUGCCCAAUUGGCCACCGUUCAAGGCACCAAGACGGAUCUACUAAAGUGCGGCAAAUGCAAAAAGCGCAACUGCACCUACAAUCAAUUGCAGACCCGAUCUGCUGACGAACCUAUGACCACGUUCGUCAUGUGCAACGAGUGCGGCAAUCGAUGGAAGUUCUGCUAAGCGUCCUUCCAAUCAAUACACUUACACCAAAAUCCCCCCCUUAAAAUUAAUUCAAAACUAUUGCAUCUACACAACACACAACCAAUACAUUUUGUAUUGCAGAGCAUUCACUGACCACCUAAUUAACAAAAAA